GUUUAUCGCGCAAAUUAUUUCGAAAAAAUCGUAAUUUUCCAUCUAAUUUCAGGAUUUUAAAACGAUGAAUCGACUGGAGGAAAAGGAACCGGUGCAGGCGAUCCUGAUCGGUGAUGGAUUCAACGACUGUUUUAUUCCGCUCACCGAGCGAAAACCGCUGUCCCUUCUGCCGCUGGUGAACGUCCCGCUGCUGGACUACUCGCUGGAAUCGCUGAACCGUUCCGGCGUCGAGGAGGUCGUACUGUUCUGCAGCCAGCACGUCGAUCAGGUGCGGGCUCACGUCAAGGCGCGGCAGGCGUCCGGCUGCAGCUGGUCCAUUGGGAUGUCGGUCACGAUCGUCAGUUCCGAGGGAUGUCGCUGCAUGGGCGAUGCCCUGCGGGAUCUGGACGCCAAGGGUCUGAUGCGGGGUAACUUUCUGCUGAUGGGAGUGGACACGGUGACCAACGCCAACUUGGCGGCUAUUUUGGAAGAGCACAAGAGGACGGCCAAGGCGGACAAGGGUGUCGCUAUGACGGUGGUGUUCAAGGAGGGCGUUCCGCAGCAGCGCACCGGAAAUGAGGUGAUGAUAGCGAUGGAUAAGAACAGCAGGAGACUGUUGUUCCAUCAACGGUUGAAGCCGAUGCAUAAGGAGCGGAACUUUGUGAUUCCGUUGGAGAUUCUGACGCAGAACAAGGACGUAACGCUACAGCACGGGUUGAUUGAUCCGCAGAUAGCCGUGUGUAGCAAUACGGCGCUUCCGCUGUUUUCCGACAACUUCGACUUCCUGACGCGGGACGACUUCGUUAGGGGACUGCUGAUCAACGAGGAGAUUCUGGCAAGUACUAUCUAUGUGAGCAUGCUUCCGAGUGAAGAAUAUGGGGUAAAGGUGAACAACUGGCAAAGUUAUCAGAUUGUUAGCAAGGAUGUGGCCAAUCGAUAUGUAUAUCCGCUGGUUCCGGAUAUGGGUGUCUGUGGGAAUGUUUUGCGCUAUUCAUUCUGUCGUAACAACAUCUAUCGACAUCGGGACAUCAGAUUGGCUAGGGGAAGUGUCCUGAAAGCGGAUGUGGUCAUUGGCGAGAGGAGCGAGGUGGCGGAGAACACGGUUGUAGAGAAUUCGGUUCUGGGAAGUGGGUGCAAGAUUGGUAAGAAUUGCCGAAUCAGUAACUGCUACUUAAUGGACGGAGUUGAGAUCGGCGACGGAUGUAUCUUGGAGCACUGUAUUCUUGGAGAUCGGGUCAAUGUAGGAUCAAAUUGCGACUUAAAAAAUGGUUGCGUUCUGGGAGAAGAGGUCCAACUUCCGACCGGAACGAAGAUUUUCAAGGUGACUCUUCAGUCAUCGAAUCCGGAGGACGAUUGGACAGAGGGAUCGAAAAAGCUGGGAGAUCGCGCAUACACCGUUCCGGACGAAAACGACGAGAACCAAGAGAUGCCGGAUUCCGAUGAUGAGGACGAUGAGAAUGCGUUCAAUCACGCGAUGCGACUCAGCCGUUUGGAGCGUAAACAGGCCCCAUCGGUCUACAGCAGUUCCUCGGAAGAGGGAGAAUCCCGUGCCAUGUCGCCGGUGCAGGAGGACGCCAACAUUUUCCUCUCGGAAGUGCUGGAGUCGCUCAAGCGCGGCUACUCGGAAAAGUCCAAUCCGGAUUAUCUGAUUCUGGAAAUCAACUCCUCCCGGUACGCCUACAACAUGUCCCUGUCGGAGGUUAACUUCUACGUGGUAAAGGCCAUUCUGCAACUACUGGUGAUGCAGGAGAACGCAGCGAAAAAUGUGGUGGCCACUAUGAACCAACUGUUGGCCUAUUUCGGUACGGUAUUUAAGAACUACAUCCGAGGCCGCGAUGCCAUGAUGGACUGUAUGAAAGCGUUGGAGGAAACGAGCGAGCAGGAAGAGUUGAUCGGAACUAAAAUUGCUCAGUUGGUGCACUAUCUGUACGAGAAGGAUUACAUUACGGAAGAGGUCAUUCUGGAGUGGUACGAGGAGUUGGACGACGAGAGCGGAGCGACGGCGAAGAAAAGUCUGGCAAAAUUGGUGGAAUGGUUAAUGCAAUCCAGUGAAGAGGAGGAUGAUGACGAUGAUGAUGAGUAGAUGUAUGAAUAUGAUAAAGGUUCUAUAAAUUA